UGGAUACACACAACUUUCAAGAUAGUCCAAUCACACCAGUGUGUUCAACUGUUCACUGUGUGGCAAAGGCCACACAGCUGCUAACAGCUUCUAGGGGCCGGCUGUCAGAAGUUACUAUCCUACUAGUUCCUGGGAGUUCAGUGACAGAGAAACUACCUGAAGGUUUAUUAAGAGCUCAGGAGUGAGAGAGAAGGUAGGACAAUUGAGUACCCGUGGCAUCCCAGAAUUGAACAUGGCAUCCAAAAAAAAGAAGCCAGAACAAAAAGCUAACGAUUUUGGAAAAAGUAAGCAAGGAACAAACAGAAAGGAAGGUGAUAUAUCCAAGGCAAGGAGCAGCACAGAACCAUUUGUCAAAGAAAGGGAGCAGUAUCUGCAGAAGGAAUACAAGAUCCUGACUGAGCAUAUGAACACAUACAUGAAGCGAGUAGAGCACUUCCUGUGGGAGAAUGAGUUCCUAGAUAAGGAGGCCCAGAAGAUUCGGGAAGACAGCAAAGCCUACAUGACCUAUAUAAGCAAACACACUCAGAAAUGCCAAAAUGCUAUCAUUACACUAAAUAACCAGAACCACUUUGAUAUGGCACAGGUCCGAAAGCAGAAGGAAGAGUUGAUCUCACAGUACACAGCUAAAGAGAAGGAGGUGCGGAACCAAUUGAUGGAGAUGGAGACAAAGUAUUCUCUUAUGAACAAGGAGGUUGAAGACUUGCAGCCCUUCAAGGACCUGCAGUUGGAACAGCUGAGCAGAAUCAAGGAGCUGGAGAAGGAACUGCUGGUCACAAAAAUCCAGCACUCAGAGCAAAUGCACAAGGUCAAGAGCAGAUUUCUGCAAGCAAAAGCUGAAUAUGAGCUGGACUCUCAUCAGAAGGUUCAGUCUCUGGCCAAGAGAGCUGAAGAGGAAGCUGUACGCAGUCUGAUCCAGCACACCAAGCAGGUGAAAGCAGAGAAUUGGCGACUGCGCCAUGAACUGCUCAGCCUCAUCCGACGCUCACACAUCCUCAAAACCUUCAAGCUUCAACUGAGGGAGCAGCAACAGCAACUCCUUCGGGAGCACGAUUAUAGCCAAGACCUCACACGCAUGCGCCAUUGGUUAAAGGAGCAUGGGGCACAAGGCUCAAACAAGGAAGUCAACGGCUUUGGCAGCUCCCUCAAAAGCAUCAUAUCAGCCAAGAUCAGACACAUCCCUACUUCCCUCACUAGUGCCAAAUCAUAAAGUGAAGGUUAAAUUUAACUUUCAUAGUUAAGUGACAUUUGAAAGUGCAAUCCCUUUUCUCCACAAAAUAAGUAACUAAAAUUUCCCUCUCUGGAGACAGACUAUGAUGAUCCAUAACUUGAUGCUUUCGCGCCAGCAGAUAAUAUUCUUGGAUUAAAAAAGAGAGGGGAGGGAAUGGAGAGAAGAACAAUAAAA